CGGCCUCGCCUCGGCCUCUGCCUUCCUCAUCUCUCCCCCUCUCUCUCUCUCUCUCUCUCCCUCCUCCUCCUCACCCCGACCCCUCCCCGCCGAUUCCUCCCUCCUCCACGCGCGCGCGGCGCGGCGCAGCGAGCGCUCUCCGAUUCUUCCGGCUCCGAGGGAUUAGGGUUCCGGGGGGGCACGCGUCCGCUGACAUGGCCUCCGCCUCCGCCGCCGCCGAAACCCUCGCGGCGGCGUCGCUCCCCGUCGCGUCGCCUUCGCGGUCGCUGCUGCGGCCGCUCCCCAGGAGAGCGUCCGCGGGAGGCGGCUGCUCCGCGUCCGUACGAAUCUCCGCCGUGCCGCCGCGGGGGCUCGGGUUCGCGGUCGUCCAGCGCCGCGUCCUCCGCCGCCCGCCGGCGGCGCGCGCCAACGUCGAGCGCGAAGGGGACGGGGCCGAAGCGUCCGGGCCAGGAGAGGCGUCGUCCUCCUCCUCUGGAGAUGGGGACCGCGACGGGGCGGCGGCGGCGGCGGAGGCAGGAGGUGAUGGCGCCAGCACGAGCACCACGAGCGCGGCCGCGACGCCUCCGCAGCCGCCCUCAUCGAAGAGGGGGGAGAACAAGUGGCGGCGGAAGCUGAUUAAGGGCGGAGGCGUUGGGCGGUGGCUUUGGGAGCCCAUAGUUCAGGGGAGGGAAAUGGGGUUCCUCCUGCUCCAGCUUGGGUUCGCCAUAUUCGCGCUCCGAAUGCUGCGGCCCGAGAUCGCGCUGCCUGGCUCAGAGCCCCGGCCACAGACAACGUACGUCAGCGUCCCAUACAGCGACUUCCUGGCGAGCAUAGACAAGAACCAGGUGAAGAAGGUCGAGGUGGACGGGGUGCACAUCAUGUUCAGGCUCCGUCCUGAGGUUGAGGCCCGUGCAAUGGAGCAGCCACAGGUGCAGCGUGGAACAGAUUCUGUUGCUGAUAAUGCUGGAGUUCCAAGGCGAAUUGUCUUCACAACAACACGUCCAGUGGACAUUAAGACACCAUAUGAAAAAAUGGUGGAGAAUAGUGUUGAGUUUGGGUCGCCGGACAAAAGGUCUGGUGGCUUGCUCAAUUCGGCUUUGGUGGCUCUUAUUUAUGUUGUAUUAAUUGCUGUAGUUCUGCAGCGAUUGCCAAUAAGCUUUUCUCAGCAUUCAGCAGGCCAGCUGAGGAAUCGGAAGAAUUCAAACUCUGGUGGGGCCAAAGUUUCAGAAAGUACCGAUAUAGUUACAUUUGCUGAUGUGGCUGGAGUAGAUGAGGCCAAAGAAGAGCUGGAAGAGAUUGUGGAGUUCCUAAGGAACCCAGAAAGAUAUAUUCGUCUUGGUGCGCGACCUCCACGAGGUGUCUUGUUGGUGGGCCUUCCAGGAACUGGAAAGACGCUUCUUGCAAAAGCUGUCGCAGGGGAAGCUGAAGUCCCAUUCAUAAGUUGCUCUGCAAGUGAAUUUGUGGAGUUGUAUGUAGGCAUGGGAGCAGCUCGAGUGCGUGACCUAUUUGCUAGAGCUAAAAAGGAAUCUCCUUCGAUUAUUUUUAUUGAUGAGAUUGAUGCUGUGGCAAAAAGCCGUGAUGGCCGUUAUCGUAUCGUCAGUAAUGAUGAGCGAGAGCAGACACUAAAUCAAUUACUCACGGAAAUGGAUGGAUUUGACACCAACUCAGCUGUCAUUGUACUUGGAGCAACAAACCGAGCAGAUGUUUUAGAUCCUGCCCUCCGACGCCCUGGGAGAUUUGACCGUGUAGUUAUGGUUGAAGCUCCCGACAGAUUUGGAAGAGAAUCUAUUCUGAAAGUUCAUGUGAGCAGAAAGGAGCUUCCGCUUGGUAAAGAUGUAGAUCUUAGUGACAUUGCUGCAAUGACAACUGGUUUUACUGGGGCAGACCUUGCAAAUUUAGUAAAUGAAGCUGCUUUGUUGGCUGGGAGAUCAAAUAAAGAAAUAGUGGAAAAAAUUGACUUCAUCUGUGCAGUGGAGCGCUCUAUUGCUGGCAUUGAGAAAAAGCAUGCAAAGCUGAAGGGUAAUGAAAAGGCUGUUGUUGCACGGCAUGAAGUUGGUCAUGCCGUUGUGGGAACUGCUGUAGCAAACCUAUUGCCAGGGCAGCCACGUGUGGAGAAAUUGAGUAUAUUGCCAAGGUCAGGUGGUGCAUUGGGCUUUACAUACACCCCUCCCACAACAGAAGAUAGAUAUUUGCUCUUUGUUGAUGAACUGCGUGGACGUCUAGUAACACUUUUGGGUGGAAGGGCAGCAGAGGAAGUAGUACUGUCAGGGCGUGUUUCUACUGGAGCACUUGAUGACAUAAGGCGUGCCACUGACAUGGCAUACAAGGCUGUAGCAGAGUAUGGUCUUAAUCAGCGCAUAGGUCCGAUAUCGGUGGCAACAUUGUCAAAUGGUGGGCUAGAUGAAUCCGGAGGCUCUCCAUGGGGAAGGGAUCAGGGCCAUCUAGUUGACCUUGUCCAGCGGGAAGUAAAAGCCCUUCUUCAAUCAGCCCUUGAUGUCGCUCUUUCAGUUGUCCGUGCUAAUCCUACAGUUUUGGAAGGCCUUGGAGCAUAUUUAGAAGAGAAUGAAAAGGUUGAGGGCGAGGAGCUUCAAGAGUGGCUCAAGUCGGUUGUUGCACCAAAAGAAUUGACCUCAUUUAUAAGAGGAAAGCAAGAGCAGGUUCUUCAGCUGGAAGCAGGCUCCUAGCACUAUACAUUGGUCUCGUAGAAUCAAUUAAUUAAUUUAACACAAGUAGCUCCAACAGUUUAAACUGUACAAGUUCUGAGGUACGCAACUCACGCCCAAGCCAAGACCCUUGUGAUGCUGUAUAUAUCUAUGUGCCGCUCCACGACCCUUGACUACAGGUCUACCAGGAAUGAUUCAUAGCGAGUUGUAAACCCCGGAGUAUUGUAAGUUCCUUCGGUUUCCUCGUUUGCCGUUGGAUGUUGUUUAUAGAUUAGGCGGGUGGUACACAUGUAAAAGAAUAUUCGUUUUUCUUCUGUGUUCUUUCUCUUUCUGUUCAUCCUGCGGAAGGAAUUUUUUGUUACAUUGUCAUCUUGGCAAAUAUUAAUAGGAAUAAUUCAUAUACGUCGUUGAUCCUUGUAUUUGGAUUAUUUA